UCCGGUUCCGGUUCCUUGGAAUUGGUCGAAUCAUGCGUACGUGAGAUGCCCGCGAAUUUCCGUCACAAUUUGGCCUACCUUUGUCUUUUCUUGCACAAAGUUGCUUCCUUCUCGGCUGUGAACAAGAUGACUCCGGAUAAUUUGUCUAUCGUGCUCUCUCCGAAUCUCUAUCGGUUGCCUAGCACAGAAUCGAAUAUCUCCUCCUCGAUGAUGGACUCGAUGAAUUCAAACAAUCUGUAA